AUGGAGAACAAAGAUCCUACCCUUGUUCAGGAGUAUGACCCUACCACGCAGAUGGCGGGCUGCCGACAAAGUCAGAAGUGCAAAAGCACGCCCGAAACCCACUGGCCGAGUGAAGGAAUCGCUGAGGUUGGCGAUUUCAAGCUCAAAGACGAGAUGGAUGGCGGAAACCUAAAGAGGCCAGAGAUAGCUGGUUUGCGGGAUCGUCUCCACGUUGCUUCCGCCCCCGGCCCCUGUAGCGUCACCACCGGCAACCCACUGUCCGCCGCCAACGCUGCCGAGCCCUCUUUUGCAGUGGCAGCGACCGCCUCCACCGCCUCCUCCUCAUCCUCCUCAGCCUUUUCCUCCUCCUCCUCUUCUUCUUCCUGCUCUUUCUCAUCCUCCUUGUCAGCCUUUUCCUCCGCCUCCACUUGCGUGGCUUUGGAAGAUGUUACUGCCGCCUGUUGUUCCAGCCCUGGUCCAACGACCGACGAGUUUAGGCCUCUCUCAGAGGAUGUCAUCUUCUCGGACACUUCAGCGACGUCAUUUCAGAGGCUCAAUUGCUCCGUGAAAUCAGAACCGCUCGUUAAUGGCCACUCUGGCCUGACUGACGCCUCGAAUGGCAGGCCUGAAGAGGUUGUCGCAGAGCCGUCCGUCGGAGUCAAGAGCGCCUGCUUGCGGAUCGCCCUGACUCCUUCAGUUCGUGGCAGCGGUCUCCACGCUGUAUCCAUGGCAAAGGAGGAGGUGCCCAUCUCGACUCUCGCGCCUCGAUUCGGACAGCCCACCUCGGCAUCCACGCCCAAGCAGGAAGAGCUGACCUGCUCCGGCCCCGGGGCCGAGGCGAUGGGCUCCAUGACCGCCACCACGCCCCCCCUGGUCGUCUCCUCUGCCUCGGUACCCCCUCCCAACGACCCCAGCCUCACGACUGCCUGCAGCUCAGCAGAACCGUUGCAUCGGUCGCCCCGGCCACUGGCUGUAGGGCUUGCAGACUAUCGCGCUCAGCCGGACGUCUACCAGUUGCCGGCGGGCGACACCGGCUCUUCUGCCGCGCCAGUCAUCUCCGGCGGCAACGGUGGCAAUUACCUCAUCGAGUCGCUCUCGAGUGGACCGGUACAGCUCAGGGAAGAGGAAGAUUUGGCCGCCGGAGCGACGGGAGAGGUGGGUCUUCUGGCUGGCGCCGACUCGAUCACGUACACUUUGCUGCAGGCGCCACGACCGUUCACCGCGGGUGUCGCCUUGUCGCCGGGUGAACUGCAGAGUGAGUCUCACGCCAUUCAGCCAGGCUUGUUCGGUUGCCGUAGCGCCCGUUCAGGCGCUGGCUUGGCCGCCAUUUUCGUGGCAAGAGGUUGGUACCUCGUGGGGACGGCUCCAGGCCGGGCCGGCCCGUCCCGUCCCGGUCGUUCACACAUGCACCCUUGGGGUCACUGGGGAGGCUGGCUCGAACCCUGCCUCGGCUCUGUUGGUCCGGCCGAGUCAGGCGGGUCAGACGAAGUUCACACCAACCGGCCGACCAGCCGCCAGCCCCCCGGUGUGCUGGGGGCCGAGGAUCAGGGUCACAAAGCCGGCCAACCAACAGGCGAGAGCACGAGUCGACCAAUGGGCUGGUCAGAGGGGACGGGUGGCGCACGAAUGAGUCGGCCGGAUGCUUUUCGCUUCGGUUAUGGUCGGCAAAACUUUAGCACCCUCGUCACUGUUAUGCGUGAAGAUGAUAUAGUUUGCUUGAGAAAAAUCUGCUUUACCCCACGUUCCGAGGGACGACAUCAGUUUAGUCGGAUGCAUGCAUGGCCUCAGUGUACGCUUUCCCACGAUUACCAGCACCCUACACAUCGUACAUCUACACUCACACAAUCAUGCACCCACACACAUACGCUCAUCUACGUACACUCGCACACGUACACAUACACUGGCGAGCGCAUGCAGACGAAGGCGGCCAAAUUGAAUUGA